AUGGAGCCUACCUCACAGAGAUGCUCCAGCUGCAAGACUGCCAAGUACUGCUCGAGAGAGUGCCAACGCCGGGACUGGAUCGUGGGGGGCCACAAAGAUCGCUGCCGAGAGCUCGCCCGGCAGCGAGAAGCGACCGACAGCGAAGCAGCACUGCAAGGACGCUCAACUGUGGGCAUCGUGAGCAUCUUCGACCAGCAAGUCUCCAAUUCCAUCAUGAGCUUGGAGGAGCUGCCCACGGCCGGGGGGCCAGGCGCUCAAGGCUGGGAGCUGUGCCCCGUGGUGAACAUGCUCGGCGUGCCCCUCGCCAUCAAGAAGGUCUCCCCCUGCGCGUGUCACAUUUGCCUGAGGGGGAACUCGCAGAUCCCGGAGCCCCGCAACCAAGUGGCUACGAGGUUGGCGAUCGAGCCCCACAACGGCCUGGCUCCGCCAAAGUGGCAGGGCGGGCCUCACAACCAUCUUGGCACCGUUGCCGUGGCAAGGACGGAUCUCAGGGACUUCACAGUGGAGGAUUGGAGGGUUCUCGACGACUACAUUUACAACACCAUCUUCGGCGUGUGGGGGAUGGAAGCCUCCGAGCGCAUCCAGCUUCUCCCGCGUGUCUGCAACAGCCAGGCCUUCGCCCGCUACACUGCCGCCGCCGGUAGGAGCCAGGAGGACGAGGAGGAAGCGGCCUACGGCGCGUCGUUCGGGGGCGGCUUUGUCGGAUGACGUUGCUGAGCGGGCUGGACGAUGCCCGUGGCCGACAGCGAGUGACCUGAUCAAAGUAUAUCAGCGAUAUCGGCACAUGGUGAAAAACGCCUGUGGGCCGGCAGUGACCUGAUGUAUCUGCGAUAACGGCACACAUGGCGACCAUAAGGUGUCACCCAGAAGUGCAUGCUGCACCUUGAAGCCUCUAGCCGCGGCAUUAGAUGGCGGCGAGUCAGGGUGGCAUCGAAGGAAGUACCUCGUGAGCUUUUUGAGUUUGAGCGGCGGCUUGGUCUGGCAGAGCGGCGGCGGCUUCUGAAUUUUGGUUGUUGCCGCGUUUUUGGCUGCGAGGUUCGUUUUCUCUCGAUGCCGAGGAGAAUGUCGUCGACGUGAUGGAGUGAAGGCUCUCUCUUCUCGAUUCCUUGGCAGUUCUUGUACGCGUGUGCGGGUGUGCAAACAAGCUAAGCUUCCAAACCAUGGUGGGGGGGGGGGGGGGGG